AUGGGGAUUUCUUCUCACAUUGUCUUCCUCAUAUCUCUCCUUGCAGGCGCAUUUUCCCAAGCAUACAAUGCUACUAUCGCCAUGGCUAUAGAAGACAAAAACGAUCUUUGUGUUAUUUUAUUUGAUGGCGAUCGAGUCACACCAAAACAAUGGGACGAGAUGCUUCGCAUUGGUGACGAAGUGGACAGAUUGUACCUCGUAGAUAGGCAGGUUCACGGCAAUGAAGACAUCUUCAUGGGAGAGGAGCACUUUGAGCCGAUCUUCUUCAUUUUCUUCCGGGAAGAAGGCCGGGCAGAACGUAUGCCCUAUUCGUUUAGCUACUUCAAUGCCCUGAACUUCUACUAUAGUAAUUUCAACAUGGGGUAUUCAUCAAUGGUGCGCAAUGUUACCAACGUUGAUCAAAUCCCAGAGAUCUAUGCACGAAUGCAAAAGAAAAUGCUUCCAGCAGUCCGUGCUUCACGUAGGAAGCUCGCUGCAGGUGUUUCGGUCCCACCUACUGACCCUACAUUUCACCCGCCCGUCCUACUCUUAUUAGAUUCUAGUGAUCCGCAAGUGGAGUCACGCACUGCAGAGAUAUGGUACUUUUACAAGCAAGCAGCCACCACAAACUCAAACCGGGCGACAUAUCUGGUCUAUGACUGCUAUGACCCCUCUUCAGAGUCUCGGCUCCAGCCAUGGUGCAAUCAGAUGGGCAUAAAGGCGUACCCCAGUCUCUUCAUGUUCUAUCAGAACACCUGGUACCCGUAUGUUGGUGCAUUCACCGGCACCUAUUUAGAGGCGUGGAUGACUGAGAUCUGCACUACCAUGUUCGAGGAUGUUGAUGACUAG